AUGUCUCUUUCCAGUGCCCCAGCAAUUGUACCUGUAAACUUAGCAAGUGAAUUUAACAAACCUCUCCAGAAUCCAAUGUGUUGGCCAAACAUUUAUUCUUUGGCCGAUUCCUUGGGCAAGAAACAGUGGCAGCACAAGAAAGAUGCUGAUGCUUUGGACUAG